GUACUCCGGUGAUUACGUAGUGAUUUACAAAAAAUAACCGUACUAACAGUUAGCAUAUAUUUAGUAAAUACUUGUUGGUGUUUUUCCACGCAUUUCUUGUUAAAUAUUUGUAUUACCGAUUGCGUGAGAAUGGCUGCUCUGUCCCAGCUCAUCAAAUCGGCCGUCCGUCCGGCAUGCCGUGCCCUGUCUUCGAAGGCAGCUCCCGCCGUCGAGGGAUCUUCGAUGGGACCGUGCUUCGCACUGACUGAUGAGCAGAACGAAAUCGUCGACAUGACCAAGAAGUUUGUCCGCGAGGAAAUCAUUCCGGUUGCGGCUCACUACGACAAGACCGGCGAAUACCCGUGGCCCGUCGUCCGCAAGGCCUGGGAACUGGGUCUGAUGAAUAACCAUAUUCCGACUGAUAUUGGUGGCACUGAUAUGUCGAUCAUCACCAGCUGCCUUAUCGCAGAGGAAUUUGCCUACGGUUGCACCGGUAUUAUGACAGCCCUCGAAGCCAGCGGUCUUGGACAAACUCCCGUCAUCCUGGCCGGUAAUGAUGCACAGAAGAAAAAGUACUUGGGUCGUCUGCUAGAGGAACCACUAGUGGCAGCUUACUGCGUGACGGAACCCGGUGCCGGAUCUGACGUCAACGGAGUUAAAACUCGGGCCGAAAAGAAGGGCAACGAGUACGUCAUCAACGGACAGAAGAUGUGGAUCACCAACGGAGGUGUUGCCAACUGGUACUUUGUGCUGGCCCGUACCAACCCGGAUCCCAAAUGCCCCGCAUCGAAGGCGUUCACCGGAUUCAUUGUAGAGCGUGAUACCCCUGGAGUGACCCCCGGUCGCAAGGAGCAGAACAUGGGCCAGCGUGCUUCCGACACUCGAGGAAUCACAUUCGAAGAUGUGCGAGUGCCAGUGGAGAACGUCCUGCUUAAGGAAGGAGAUGGAUUCAAGAUUGCCAUGGGUACCUUCGACAAGACUCGCCCACCGGUAGCCGCCGGAGCCGUUGGUUUGGCACAGCGUGCUCUCGAUGAAGCAUUGAAAUACUCGCUGGAACGCAAGACCUUCGGAGUUCCAAUUGCCGCCCACCAGGCAGUGUCCUUCAUGUUGGCUGAUAUGGCUAUCGGAGUGGAAACGGCUCGUUUGAUCACGAUGAAAUCCGCUUGGGAGGUGGACCAGGGCCGAAGGAAUAGCUACUACGCAUCGAUUGCUAAGUGCUACGCCGCCGAUAUGGCCAACAGAGUUGCUUCGGAUGCGGUGCAGAUCUUCGGAGGAAAUGGAUUCAACUCGGAGUACCCGGUGGAAAAGUUGAUGCGCGAUGCCAAGAUCUACCAGAUUUACGAGGGUACGUCGCAGAUUCAGCGAAUGAUCAUUUCCAGGAACAUGAUUGAUGCAGCGAAGGGCAAGGCUUGAGUGUGAGCGGGGCUGUUUUACUGUGUGUUUUUGUGCGAGGAAAACAAUCUACAUAUUGAUUCCAUUCGGAGGA